AUGGGUGAUUUCUUUCGCAACGGGCUGAAUACAGUAGUGGGUUUCUUUACCAGCUCUGACAAGCAACUGGCCUAUCUGCGAGGUGUCCAAAUGAGCACUUUUGGGAAGCACAAAGCUCUGAUAUCUACUAAACACCGAGAUCUUGCGGACGCUACUCCAGACCGUAGAGGUUUUACGGUGUACGAAGACCCUGUUUCCGGACUGCCUUCAAGUCCACAAGACGCCGUUACAACAGAUAUCCCACAACCACGGCUUUCUACGGACCUACAAUCCUCUGAGUUCUACGACCCGAACUUUACGCUACCGUCUGACUCUGAGCUCCGUAAUCCAUACCAGCUUCACGACCCCCAACUCUCUUCCGAACUCUCUGAUCCUUUCUUGACCCCACCAGUCCCAGUUUCUACUCAGCGACUACAGGAUCUUAGUAGCGCUAAGUCUAGUCGAAAGAAGAGAAAGGAGGCAAGUGGCAAAGUGGCAUUCGGGCCAACAGCACGGCUCUACGAGAGCGAGUUCGCGGUGAUAGCGAAGGGACUACCAGUCGACCGUAAUAUGCGUGUGGAUAAGGGCGUGUUACUGUCAGACAUACAGGCUCACAUCCCAGAGGUUACGAAGAUUAAAGUCGAGCCCGCAAGGGCCCCUACAGCGAAGUUCACGACGGCCGUGCUACACCUCCGGAGCGCAGAGGCGGCGACGCGCCUGUGUGAUCGAGGACUGAUCUGGCAAGCCCAGAUCUUCAACUGCGAGCCGUAUUCGGCCGACCUCCGGAUCCGUAGAUGCUUCCAGUGCCACCAGUUUGGCCACAGCGGACGGUUAUGCAAGAAUCAGGCCCGGUGCGGCCACUGCGCGGGAGCGGCACACUAA